UAUUCUCCUGCAAUUUCAGAGGAAAUUGCCAUUCCAAUGGCAUACAAUAUUAGUAUUUUACUGAAGUUCCUGUUAAAACCGAGGAGGGUGCAGCCACAGAGGACGGAUGCACCCAGCAGUCCAAUAAGGAGGUGGGGCACGACUUAAAUCUGGGGCCCGCCUCUCUUCCUCAGCCAGCCCCCUCAAUCCACACACGGACUCUACAUUGAGCAGAGGAAACGGAAAAGACGAAACACACAGACUGCUUUUCAUUUCAAAACCCCGGGGCCGUGGACAAAAAAAAACCGAAUCGUUCAUUCUUUUUCUCGCCAACCUGCUCUCUUUUGGCGCAUUUAUUGGACCACCACAUCUUUCCCUCCUCCUCAAAAUUUCCACUUGAAAAGUUGCCACCUUUUUGGCCAGCUGUUUGCAGCUGGCAGAAAAGCACCCGCCCUGCUCGGGAACAAGGGACCCAAAGUGAUCGGUGGAAGGAGGAGGAGGGGAGAUACAGAGAGAUGCCAUCCCAGCCCAUGCAGUCGGAGGUGAAGGAGAACAUUCUCAAGUUCCUCCGGAGCUUCUUGGGAGUCAUCCGGAUCCUACAGAUCGUCUUCGGAGCCGGACUUUGGGUGACGAUUGCCGCCAACAAGUACGAAGGCUCCAUCCACUUCGUUCUCUUCGUGGCGGUGCUCUUCUGGCUCCUCACCCUAGCUCUCUUCUUCCUCACCCUGCUGGACAAGCAGGACUUGGUGCCGCUGCUCGGAGGGCCCCACUGGCUGUGCACUAACCUGGCGCACGACGUGGCCGCCACUGCUCUCUACCUGCCCGCCAUUGGUGUCAUGAUUUAUAAAACGGAUCGCAACUCUUACUGCAACCUGGAGCAGUACAAGCACUUAUGCCUGUACAAGGUAUACCUGACCGCAGCCGUGUUCGCCUGCCUCUGCUGCCUGGCCUUCCUUCUCUCGGUUAUUUAUGGAGCCUGCAGGAAGAGUCGAGGGGAGCAGACGGUCUUCUAAAAUGAGGAUGUCCGCUUUUCUGUUCUGCAAGAUGAGGAAGAGUUAACCCCACUGUAUUUUUUCCCCCCACAAACACCACACCAGUCUAUUUAAAGGGUGCUUAUGUCCAUGAUUCAUCAUUCAUGGCCUUGUUUUCAUGAGUCCAUUAUGGGGAAUUUUAGUGUUACUACUUUUCCCUUAUGUCACUGCAGUGGCACAGCUAAGAGUUUAUAUACAUUAUCUUAUAUUUAGUUUUACAUGUUAUAUCACCGCAACAAACCUGUUGUAUUCAACUUUUUUUUUAAUCAGUGCCUUCUGUCACAAUGCUGUAUGCAAGAUUAAUCAUAUGGAUGUGAUUGCUGCCUCAAGUGUUUCUUUUUUUUUGUAAAACCAAAGAUUAAAAAGUGGAAGAACCAGACCAUUCAGUUUCUUUUAAGGAAUUGUUUUCAUAAAGUCAAAUUCAGGGUGCUUUUGGUGGCUUUUUCCCUAAAUCUAACACAGAUUUGUAAAAAGACAAAAGGACAGAAGCCUCAUCAGGAACUUCCUGUUGGGAGAUUAAAGCCUCAGCCAAUCAGCAGGGAUCUUUUAUGUGCUCAGACCACAUGAAAGAAGCUCAUAGUGUCUAAACUGAUAGCAAGUAUGUGUGUGUGUGGGAAGAGGGCCUGUUCAUACCGGAACAGUCUGUUGGGGGGGUUCUGGAGGUGGGCUGAAGUGCAGCCAAUCAAAAUGGAGGAUGAUUCAAUGUCUGGGUCUUUUCUCGUCAGCUGCUGCAGACACAAAGUUGUGUGAAGGCUACAUUUGGGGGCCAUUAAGACUCUUCAAUGUUUUAUAUUGUUUCAGUCGUUGUUGACUUUUAAGUCGAUGUUCAUUUAUUACAAAUAACUUCCAUGUGCAGAUUUUGGACAGUUUAUUAGAUAUGUUGUGUAAUAAGCGUCCCUUUCUUGAGGGGCCUGACCAUUCAUCUUAGUCCAUUUUUGAUCUAAUGGUGUUUGUAUUCACAAGUUUAAAAAAACAACAAAUGUUUCAGUUACAUAACUCCCUUUCACGCAGAGUUCAGACAAAAAUACUCUGAAGUAUUUAUGUGUAAGUGCCUUUAAAGGGUAUAUUGACAUAAUUAUGUGUGGUUUUACACAGGGACAUGACAUAGGGCAGUUAAAGCAACAUCUUGCUUUACUGGGUUCCAUAUAAAAGACACAUCAAAAUGAAUGCCAGAUCCAAUUUGGCUAUUUUGUGGGUAAUAAAGGAUGAUCUCUGUGUGAAAGAGGGUUCCUCAAAAUCAUGGAAAUUGGGAUUCUUAAAUUUAUGAGUAAAGAAAGGCAAAAACAUUUGGGUUGUAUACAAAUAUUUCUGUUACAUAACCCCUUUUCACACAGAGAUCCUGUACAAUAGCUGCAUCAGAACCAUACCAGCGGAAUUUAUGUCACUUUCAUACAGAACCCAGCAUAGUGAUACAUUGCCACAAUUGUGUGCGCUUCACACAGAACAUGACAUGGCUGGCAAGCGACUCUUAGGACUCUAGCCCCUUUUAGACUCCCUCCAAAUGCAUGGACGGCACCAACACAGAAUAAGGGUACACAUUCCCCAGUUUUGAUGGGAGAACAGUGGCUUGUGUGUAAUAAAAUCCUGGCUUGUGAAGUUUGACACUGCUCCCACUAUGUUGUGUUGAAAACAGUGGUCACUGUAUGACAAGUAUUUGACUCGUCACACACCAGAUGCUGCUUUAUACAAGUAUUUCAGUUACAAUAACUCCUUUCACACAGACACCUUCCAAAACAGCUGCAUCAAACCUGUAACAGCAAUUUGUAUGUAUUGAUCUGGGAUGUAAAGACCAAACAAACUGAUAUUACAUGGCUCACAAUCAGAUGAUCAGGUUAAACAAAAGCAGUUUCUCCACCUUUGAUACACGGAUCUGGCCCCUUUCACACAAAACUGUAUAAAAGCUGGCUUUUGGGGGGUAAUUUUUCCUGACAGAAUGGCAGAUAAAAGUCAACCUGGCAAUUUUUUUGCUUCAGAGGUAGCAUGGUUGCCUAGCUGUUAUGUUGAAAGCAACUGUU